CAAGUUAUCAGUCACACUAACAGUUUUAAUGACAACAAAAUACAGUUUCUAAUUGCCUUUUUUGUAGAACAACUGUCAUCCAAAAGGCAUUUGCAUUGAUUUGGGACCAAAUGCUUAUCGCUGUGAGUGUGGUCCGGGAUAUCGAGAUUUGAAUCCACCAGAUCCUGGACGGCGAUGCCUACCCAGUACUGGUUACAAUGAAUGCGAACGGAAGGAGGAUAACGAUUGCUCGGAAAACGCACGCUGCAUUGAUCAGGAACAUUUGUACAAAUGCGAGUGCUUACCAUCGUUUACGGAUGCGUCGCCGAAGGACGCAAUACCGGGAAGUGUCUGUGUGCUAGACUAUUGCUCGGAUGUGAACUUCUGUCCACUGAAUACCACAUGCAGGAAUCAGGAACAGGAAGCUGUCUGUCAGUGUGAUCCUGGAUUUGUGGAUAUCAGGAAAAGCGAGAAGCGGACGCAGCUAUUUGAUCAUGAUACGCUUUGUUUGAAAAUGCGCGAUGUUGAUGAAUGCGCUCUGGGACUCACAAAUUGCUCAGUGGGUUAUGAAUGUCGCUGUCCGGAAGGAUACAUCGAUGGAAAUCCGGAGCAACCGGGACGAGUUUGCGGUGCACUUUUGUGCGAUCUGUGCAAUUCUCAUGGCGAUUGCGUUCAUAACUCCCUGACCAAUAACAUUACUUGCGUGUGUAGCGAUGGAUGGUCCGGUGAAUUUUGCGAUGUAGCUCCAUCAAAAACUUCGAUAAUACUGCUUGUAAUUCUCGCUGUAUUGUUCCUCCUACUGACACUAUGUUGCCUUCUGUACUUCUGCACAAAAUGUAUCUGCUUCAAAGGACGUACUUUGUGGUACCGUGAACCGUUUACAUAUCGUAAAGGUGCUUGGCCUUGGUCAACACUGGAAGCAUCAACAUCCAGCGAAAGCGGAGCUGAUUUCUCGGCAAUGAGUGCUGCUGGACAUGAAUAUUAUCCGGAAAUUGGUAUUCCGCGUGCAAAGCUGAAAUCCGGUAGUGGUGCUGGAGGAGCACUGGACGAUCAGCAUCAGGCGCUAGCCGUUUCAAGGCUUCAUGGAUAUCUAGACGAUGGCGUACGCAUCCCACGUGCGCACCUGGAUCGUGAUGAUGAUGUUUACGACUCGACAUCGCAAUCGUCGAGCGAAUAUACAGUACGCGAAGAGGUUGAACGUCGGGUGAUCACCGAUGUUACCAAAAAGGAAACGAAGAAAACAUUAACAACAGCUGAUGUGCAUGGGAGUACCACUGCAGAGUUUCACGUUUAUCCACCAAUCGAAAAGGACGAGCAGGAGAGGGGGGAAAGCGUUGCGGAAUUCAGUAUUGGCAACACGAGGCGCGAAUGGAGUACCACGGCUAGGGCUUCCGAGUUCAGCACCGAUCGUGAUCUGGAAUCAGUGAUGAGCGAUUCGACUGCCGAAGAUGAGGUGUAUGAUAAGAAGACACUGGUCAAACGAUCACAUGGAUUUGAACCGAGCACAGACGGUGGCACUGAACGUUACAGGACCGAAGUGACCACCACAACAAAAUCUAAAGGAGUGACCAAGAGCUGA